UUACCAAAUCAAGAACGUGUCUUGAUCUUAACAGCGUUCUUGUUGGAAAUUCGAGGCCGUCGCGAUUUCUUGAAGAAGUUCGGGGUUGAUGUUCGACGUUGAGUAGAGCCGUAGAGGUAACAUGCCACCCUGUAACCGUGCUGGGGCAGUCACAUUGACUACAGAGAAAAUAACUCGCGACGACUGAAUCAGCAGCUCACGCAGUAUCUCGAGAAGGGAUUAAAAUCGAAAGAGAGGAGAGAGUGCAGGAUUUGCCGAGCCACAACAAGGAGAUGCGGAAGGUGACAUGUCCCACGGCUUAAAUUGGGUGUAAUUUACUGUUUUGUACAAUAUGUUCCUAACCUAACCUCUUGAAGAACAGGCAUAAUAACCUUGGUCCAGCAUUAAUAGGGAUUAGGUGGUUUCUGCAAUGCAUCGAGUUGCCAGUGCAGGGAAUACUAACUCGGUUCGCUCUAGAAAGGAGAAAAGGCUAACGUAUGUGUUGAAUGAUGCUGAUGACAAGAAGCAUUGUGCUGGUAUAAAUUGCUUAGCCGUGUUAAAGUCCCCAGUGACAGAUGGAACUAAUUACCUCUUCACUGGAAGCCGAGAUGGUACAUUGAAGAGAUGGGAGUUGGCUGAAGAUGGAGCUACAUGCUCGGCUACGUUUGAGUCCCAUGUUGAUUGGGUCAAUGACGCAGUCCUUGUUGGUGAUAGUACCCUUAUAUCCUGUUCCUCUGAUACUACCCUCAAGGCAUGGAAUUGCUUAUCUGAUGGGAUUUGUACCAGGACUCUUCGUCAGCACAGUGAUUAUGUCACUUGCCUAGGUGCAACACCAAAAAAUAGUACUAUUGUUGCAUCUGGUGGCCUUUGUGGGGAGGUAUUCAUAUGGGAUAUCGAAGCUUCACUUAGACCCAUUUCUAAGUCAACUGAUGCAGCUGAAGAUGACCAUGCAAAUGGCUUCAGUUACCCAGGGAAUUCACCAUCAUCUACUUCCAACAGUCUGCAUUCUAAUGGUUCAAGCAACAAUAUUUCCUUGAACCCAAAUCCAUCUAAUGGAUAUGUCCCAGUAUCUGCCAAGGGUCAUAAAGAAUCUGUUUAUGCACUAACAAUGAAUGACAGUGGAAACCUUCUUGUGUCUGGAGGAACAGAGAAGGUUAUCCGGGUCUGGGAUCCCAGAACUGGUUCAAAAACCAUGAAGCUCAGAGGGCAUACUGAUAAUAUCAGAGCGUUGCUCCUUGAUCCUACAGGCAGGUAUUGCUUAUCAGGAUCUUCAGAUUCUAUGAUCAGACUAUGGGAUCUAGGUCAGCAACGCUGUGUGCACUCUUAUGCCGUGCAUACAGAUUCUGUUUGGGCACUCGCCAGCACACCUACGUUCAGUCAUGUGUAUAGUGGUGGGAGAGACAGUACUAUGUAUUUAACAGAUUUGUCUACAAGAGAAAGCAUGUUACUUUGUACCAAAGAGCACCCUAUUUUAAAGUUGGCAUUGCAUGAUGAUGAUAUAUGGGUUGCGACCUCAGAUUCUUCUGUAGAUAGAUGGCCAGUUGAGGGUGGAAACCCUCAGAAAGUUUUUCAAAGAGGUUGCUCUUUUCUUGCUGGGAAUUUGUCAUUUUCACGGGCAAGAGCCUCCAUAGACGGAUCUACACUAGUUCCUGUUUAUAAAAAUCCCUCAUAUACCAUUCAUGGAGCACCAGCAAUUAUUCAUUCUGUUAUUUUAAAUAAUAGAAGGCAUGUCCUCACUAAGGAUACAGCUGACUCUGUUAAGUUGUGGGAGUUGACUAGAGGCAUCGUAGUAGAAGAUUAUGGCAAGGUGUCCUUUGAGGAAAAGAAGGAAGAGUUAUUUGAAAUGGUAAGCAUUCCUGCAUGGUUCACUGUUGAUUCCAGACUCGGAUGCUUGUCCAUCCACUUGGAUAGCCCCCAGUGCUUUACUGCAGAGAUGUAUUCAUCUGACCUUAAGAUUGCUGAAAAACCUGAGGAUGAUAAGGUAAAUUUGGCACGGGAAACACUUAAAGGGCUUUUGGAAAAUUGGUUAUCCAAAAGAAGGAAGAAGUUUGGAUCCCAAGCUUCAGCCAAUGGAGAAGUUCCAUUGUCCAAGGAUAUCUCUGCUAAAAGUCCUACACUUUCCAGAACAGAGGUAGAAAAUGACUUGUUUGUCUACCCUCCCUUUGAAUUCUCUGCAGCCUGUCCUCCUUCCAUCAUUACUGAGGGCUCUCAAAGUGGUCUAUGGCGAAAGAAAGUCACCGAGUUAGAUGGGACUGAAGAUGAAAAAUACUUCCCCAUGUGGUGCCUUGACUGUCUUCUGAAUAAUCAGUACCCACCAAGGGAGAACACCAAAUGUGGAUUUUACCUACACCCAUAUGAGGGUUCAACUCUGCAAGUAUUGACUCAAGGGAAACUGAGUGCGCCUCGUAUAUUAAAAAUUCACAAAGUUAUUAAUUAUGUUGUGGAGAAGAUGGUUCUUGACAAACCGGAUAGUUUGAAUGCUGAAAGUUUGUCACCCGGAUUUCGUGGUGGUCAGUUACAGCCUCCAGCUGGGAACGAUAUAUUUGCAAGAACUGGAGUGAAGCCUUGGCAAAAGCUGAAGCCGUCUAUAGAAAUUUUAUGUAAUAAUCAAGUUUUAUCAAUUGAUAUGAGCUUAGAAACAGUCCGGGCUUAUGUGUGGAAAAAAUCUGAUGAUGUUGUCCUCAACUACAGACUGGUUCAAGACAAGUGAUUUUUGCCAUUCAUCAAGAGAAACGAAGGUGUGUGAGAAGUGAAUGUGGCCCACUUGAAGAAAAGAAACAAAGUAUCUGAAUAGAAGCUCAUUUUUCUCCAUUUGUCUUCAUUCUCAAGUUUGCCAAUAAUUUUAUGCUGCUACUCCAAACAUUGGUCUGAGUUUUAUUUUUUUAUUUUUUGGGUCUUGAGCUUGAGAUUCAAUGCAAAUUAGCUCUAAAAGAGAUCAUAUUUGCCACACACGCACACAGCUUGAGCAGGGGAAAUUGUACUGUGUGUGCAUAUUUAGAAUAAACCAAUUUACUUAUAUUUUCUUGGAAAUAAUGCCUCUUAUAUUUUCUUGAAUAUGUAUUUGCAUAUAUUUUAUCUC